AUGGCGGAAAUCCCAGAGGAGUUCACCGAAACGUACGGCUUCCAUCUAGAUAGUCAUAAGGAUGGUGUCAAGUUGUUUGAUGCUCCUGUUGAUUUUGGCAAUUCCAAGGUCGCCACCCUGCCAUUGAACUUGUUAGCAGUGGGAAACAUCAAGAAAGUGUACAUUGCAUCCAACACGUCCCAGCUUGUCAUUGGCCAUGUUGAGACUUUGGAGGAAGACAGAAAGUACGUCGACCUUGACGCAAUCACAAUUGUGGGUAUAAGCGCCGAUAAUGAAUAUGUUUAUGUUGUCACGAACGGAACGCUAAAUAGAGUAUCCACUGACGAAUUGCUUCUGGGAGGACAGACUUUCACUGAGAUGGCGAAAGAUGUCAAGAACUUUAAAGUGUCUCCCACGGUUCCAGGUUUGGCUGCUGCCCUUUUGGAAAACGGUACCCUUAAUGUCUUGAAGGAUGACGAAACAGUGCUGUCUUUUGAAAAUGUGGACGGUUUCGCUUGGGACCUAGAAGGAACUGCUAUCGGUGUCGUCACCAAGGAUGAAAUUGCUGUCUACAAGCCUGACGGUGAAAAGCUCUCCUCGUAUACCGUUGAGGAAUCAUACAACGACAUUGCUGCCAUACAUUCUGGUCAAUGGCUUCUAAUGAAUAGUCCUUGUCCUGAGGAUGCCACAUAUACGCUCUUUUCCAAAGACGGGUCAGGCUUCAAUACCCUCGAUGUGCCAUUAGCACCACCAUUCGGCGAGGUCGAACGAGUCCAGCAAAUCUAUUCUACUCACUUGCAAAACUGGAUUAAUGGCAAGACUUUGGCGCUUGUAUCCACUGCACUUGCCACCGAAAUAGCAUCUAUUGAGUAUGAUGGUGAAGAAAGCAAGCUCAUUGCUCACGCUAAUGACACGGAUCGUGCUGAACUUCCUGUUGACGACGAAUCGGGUGAUGAUACUUUGCCAGUCGGCAUGGCGGUAGAUGUCACAGGUACUACAAGAGUUGUUAAGGAGCCUUGCCUGGGAGUAGAAGAGGCAAACGGUAUUUUACCAAGAUUAUUCUGCUUGAACAACAAUGGUAUGUUGAUUGCCUGGGACGUCUUCGAGUCACGAGAAAUCAAGAAUGAUGGUCUCAGCUUGGAGAGAGCAAUUCCACAGCUAAAAACGGUGGAUAUACCAGUCUCAAAAAAGUCUGAAACUGUGAGCCUGGGUCCUACCUCAGUACCUGUCAAGUCUGAUCCAGUCAGCCUGGGUCCUUUCUCUGCACCUCCAAUCGCUAAAGAACAAACUUCCAAGCCAUCAGCCCCACCAGCAUCACCGUUUGGCUCUUCGCGACCAUCAGCAUUUGGUCUGUUUGGUUCUGAAGGAAGUAAGGGAAGCGGUUUUGGCCAAUCAGGGUUCGGCAAGUCAGGUUUUGGUCAGGCAGGUUUUGGUCAGUCCGCAUUCGGUCAACCUGGCUUUGGCCAAUCUGGUUUUGGUCAAAAACAACAGACCAAAGGCAGUGGAGAUGUCAAAUCUGGGUUUGGAAGUUAUGCCUCAAAGAACAAUGCCCUCAGUGGCGAUGCUAAAUCAUCUCCAUUUGGCAAAACAUCCGCAUCGAAUGAUAUUUUUGGUUCUCAGAGCAUCUCCAACGAAAGCCUGAAACCAUCGAUUUUCGGUGACUCCAGUACAAAGCCAUUUGGCUCCUCUUCGGAAUCGAAGGACAUCUUUGGUAGCUCAUCUAGCACAAAGCCAUUUGGCUCCACGACGGAUGCAAAGCCAUUCGGAUCAACUACAGAAGCAAAGCCGUUCGGAUCCACAACAGAUGCAAAGCCAUUUGGAUCAACGUCAGAGAGAAAGCCCUUUGGAUCCACAACAGAUGCAAAGCCAUUUGGUUCGACCUCCACAAAGUCUAUUUUCGGUAAUCCCACUGAUGCAAAGCCAUUGAGUCUGUCUUCGAAGCCGGAGUCCUCCUUUGGUGCUUCUUCAGAUGCAAAGCCACUGGACGCAUUUUCAAAACCAGCAUCUGCUUUCGGAUCCUCCGACACUGCUAAGCCAUUUGGAUCAUCUAGCACUUCCAAACCAUUGUUUGGGCAAUCGACUGAUUCCAAGCCAUUCGGUCAGCUGUCCGAAGCAAAACCAUUCGGAGCACCAUCGUCCCUGUCACUUUUUGGCUCAGCUCCGACAUCAGAGAAAGACAAGGCCUCUCUGGAAGCAAAGCAGGAAACUAAUGCCCCCACUGACCAGUCAUCGGGAGAACCACAGAAGCCUUUAUUUGGCCUGCCCUCUGCCAACAAACCGUCUCCUUUCAGCAAACUUGAAGAAUCUAAGCCAUCCGAGACUCCCCAAGAUACAAAGCAGUCUGAUCUCUCUUCGGAGGUUGACAAGUUGUCCGUCAAGCUGGCUGACGAGAAAACUGCUUCAGAAAAGCAAGAGAGUUCACAGCCUUUGUUCGGCAAACCUGUGGGAUCUGAUGCACCACAAAAGCUGUCAUUGUUUGGACAAUCCAGUCAGGCAGAGCCUAAGGAAGAGACGAAUAAAUCCUCACCAUUUGGUGGCUUCAAUGCUCCCAAGGAUUCAAGCAAUGAUAAACAAUCACCUUUUAGCGGCUUCAUCAAACCUGGUCUCUCGUCUCAGAGCGAGGGACCUCAAGAAAAGCCUGCCAUGUUUGGUUCUCAGUCAUCAGACAAGACUUCACCUUUUGCAUCCUUGAAGAGUCCUGAGAAGACACAAGAGGAGGAGUUGUCAAGUGGAGUUGACGAUGAAGCUCCAUCAAAGAGUGAAAUACCAAAGAAAUCCUCACCCUUCGAUGUCUUGAAGAAAGAACUGACCGAGACCACUGAACAGAAGUCCUCUCCGCUCAAAGACUUCGAUGGUUUGAAAGAGAACCUUCCAAGCGAAGAAGCGCCCCCUCUAGUGAACGAGGUUUCAUCCGAGAAAGAAAAUCCAGCAUCUCCUGGAAUCGAUAAGAGCCAGCCGGCCGCCGUUCCAGCUUCGUUGAAGAAGGAUGCAUCGCCAGACAACAAGUCUCUACCAUCAUCACGGGGUAGCCAAUCUACAUCUACUUCAUCGAAUGAAUUGAACAUACCAUCCACACUGCCGUUUACGGAGAAGAAGAAACCAGAAGUAACUACGAUGGACCAUUCUGCUUCUCAAAAAACAGCCGACCAAAGCCAGCCUGCCAAAGCCGAAGACGCUAGACCCUCCUCUCCAUCGGACGAUGUCAGCGAUGCGCCUCCGUUGAAUGAUGUUGAGCUUCGAGUCUUUGGCCAUCUUGGAUCACAGGAAAACAAGGGUACUCCUGUGGAGAAAGAGAUGCGUUUGGUGUUGCAGACCACCGAUGCCAUGAGCAAGAUUCUCAGGCUUAAUGCGAAAUACUUGGAAGACAGAAUCAAGGCUCUUGAGUACGACCAAGACCCCGAAGAUUACAGGCGUUUGGGUGCUAUUAGUUCCAUCACGAAGGAGGCCUCCACAAAGGUUGUGGACGGAAAGAGCACGGUCUUAGCAGCUCGUGAGCUCAAAAAGAAAAUGGAGACUUUGAUGAAAGUUGCGGAAGAUAGCGAAGAAACGAGAAAGCUUUGCGAGCGGUUGGUGUUGCAAAUCGCCAAAUUCGAGAAAUCCUUCACUCCAGAGAACAUCAGAGACCGUCCUCUUGAGGUCAGAGGCGAAAUGCUCAAGCUACGUCUCCGCGAGAAGAUGAAGAAAGUGGAAAAUUUACACGCUGAAGUGCUCGAGAAGCUGACUCCGCUCUUACUUGAGCGUAAAUCAGAUGCUGGUGGCACCUCCUUGGUGGAAAGGCUUGAAGAGGCUACUUAUGAGAUCACCUCCAAAAUCAAUCUCUACUUCAAGCAAAUCACCAAAAUUGAAAAAGAUAUCAACGAGCUACAAGGCUCAAAGCUCAUCACGGACGGAAAGGUGCAGCGCAGCAUUCCAAACGAAAGCCUUCAACAAACCAAGUGGGCGUGGGCUAAGCAGCUUGCGUCCUCUAGAGUUGUUCAAGACGAACUCUGA